CCGAAAUGUUGAUUGCAGCUUGUAGAGUUGCACUUUGUCGCGAUUUUAAUGAUGAAACUAUUCAAAUUAAAACAGUUUUCCGCAUAAAUUGAAAUAGCGAUCACGUCUCAAUGAUCGUUAAAUAUACAAAUAUUUAUAUUCGUUAAUUAACGAAAAAAUCGAGUAAGGAAAAAUAACACGGUUCAAUAACAUGGAUGUGACGGGAUCGAUUAACAAUGAGGAGUGUAUUGAGAGUGUUGAAAACGAAGAAGAUGCCGACUAUUCGGAAGAAAGGGAAUUAGUGAAUAAUGAUUCCUGUUCCACAAAAGUUCUGGACACUUGUGAGGAGCCGCGAGACAGAUAUUGUAUUGUAUACAUCUUGUUUUAUUUAUUUGGGGUAACAUCUCUCGUACCCUGGAACUUCUUGAUCACGGCAAAUGAUUACUGGAUGUACAAGUUCCGUGAAGUCACACCCAACAAUGUUACGAUGUAUGUGCGGAAAACACAGUUCCAGGCCGAGUUCACAUCCUACCUCAAUGUGGCCACUGCUAUACCCAACUUGAUAUUUCUCAUCCUGAACUCUAUGUAUGGGCAUCUAGUAUCGGUCAAGAGCCGGCUGCAGGGCUCCUUGAUAGUGGUCACGGUAUCGUUCCUCGUGACCACGUCGUUCGUACAAGUGAACACCGACGAAUGGCAGAACACGUUCUUCAUAAUAACCAUGAUCACCGUUGUUAUUAUGACAGCUGCCAGCGCAGUGUUUAUCGGCGGACUGGUAGGUAUCGCGAGCAGAUUCUCCAAGGAGUACAUGGCGGCGGUGGUCAGCGGACAGUCUCUGGGAGGAAUCAUCGCCGCCGUCGCCCAGAUCGUCUCCCUCGCCUUCAAGAUAUCGCCGCUCCACAGCGCGCUCAUAUACUUCUGCAUAGCGGACAUUAUGGUCAUCGCGUCUUUCGUGUCCUACGCGCUCCUGUAUAAGAUCGACUUCUUCACGUACCACAUCCUGCGAGGCUCCGGCGGCGUGGCCACCAAUCGCCACCGGGAAGCGUCGAUGUUGCUGAUUUUUAAGAAGAUUUGGGUUUACGCUUUCAGCAUCUUUGCUGUGUUCGGUAUUUCCAUGGCGGUGUACCCCGCCGUCACCGUUCUGGUCGAAUCUCAUCCCAUCACUACAGGAACAGACUGGAAUAAUAUAUUCUUCGUGCCAGUCGUUAAUUAUUUGAUAUUCAAUUGUGGAGAUUAUGCCGGACGCUUAGUUGCAGGAUUUCUGUUACGGCCCACCAACCAGUGGGUGAUCGCUGGAGCGAGUGUGCUGAGGAUUAUAGGGAUACCGAUGUUGAUGCUCUGCAACGCUCAGCCGAGGAAACACCUUCCCGUCGUGUUCCUGUGGGACUACGAGUACAUUCUGAUCAUGAUAGUGUUCGCCUUCACCAACGGAUACUUGACUAACAUCAUCAUGAUCAACUCGACGAGGGUGGUGGAGCUGCACGAGCGCGAGCGCGCGUCGUCGGCGGUCGCCACGCUGCUCAGCGUCGGGCUCAGCGUGGGCGCCGCCGUCGGCAUGCUGCUCGUGCGCGCGCUGUGAGCGGCGACGGGGGGGGGCGGGGGGGCAUUGUGCUGUACGUGGG